AUGACGGUCACUCAUCGAAAGGCUACGGUGGAUUCCACCACGCAAGUGGCUCCUGCGCCGAUUUCUGAACCCGGUGUUGCGUAUCAAUGCGAUUCUUGUGGCUCUGACAUUACACAUGCCAUCCGGAAGGAGGUUGGGCAGCACAAGCCAUGGCAUGAUUACAGGGUUAUCGAGAGGCACUCAUACCCAAUAUUUACAGAGGGCUGGGGAGCGGACGAAGAAUUGCUUCUCAUUGAGGGACUCAUUAUUAAUGGCUUGGGAAAUUGGGCUGCUGCUGCGGAACACAUUGGAACUAGAACACCCGAGGAAGUACAACAGCAUUACCACGAUGUGUACGUGGAAAGUCAAACAUGGCCAUUACCCGAUUUGACCAAGAGCUUUGAUGUCGACCCCGACUUUUUCCACAAUAAGAAGAAGGAGCGGAUAGCUGCUAUGAGACAGCGCGCGUUGGAGAUUGCGAAGAGCUCCAGCGAUUCAAAACCUCCACUUGUAUCUGGUCCUACCAAUCACGAGACACAGGGCUAUAUGCCGGGUCGUUUGGAAUUCGAAACUGAGAUUGAAAAUGAAGCAGAAGAGCUUGUGAAGGAUCUUGAAUUCGGCCUCGUUAUGCAGUAUGGGGGCGAUCAACAACCCGCCCCGGAUCCGCCUCCGGGCAUUUCAGACUCUGCCACAGAGGAGAGGAAAAAAGAAGGGGAUAAGAUGACCGAGGGGAAGGCGACUGAAGAUUCGAAAGGUCGGGAUGACGAAAAGGCGGUUUGGGUACAAGAUCCCGAAGAGACUCCGCAGUCCGCAGCAUUAAAGCUCGCACUUCUUGACAUCUAUUUUGAGAAAUUGGACAGACGUGCUGAGGCAAGGACUUUCGUAUUUGAUCGCGGCAUGCUCGAUUUUAAGAAGUGGCAAGCCGCUGAGAAAAAGCGACCAAAGGAAGAAAGAGACCUGAUUCAAAGGCAUAAGUCGUUCUCAAAGUUGCAAACAGGUUCAGACUUUGAAGAUUUCAUCAAUGGUGUCAUGCAGGAGAACGCUCUCAAGGCCCGUAUUUUGGAGUUGCAGGAAUACCGCAACCAUGGUAUUACAACCUUAGCAGACGCAGAGAAGUACACGAAAGAGAAAGCAACAAGGUUCAAUCGGCCUGCAUCUUUCCGAGAUCUAUCCGGAGACACUGGUUCUCACCAUGCUGCAAACGGUCGCUUGUCUUCUAUGCCCCCCGCUCACGACUCUUCGUUGCAAUCGUUCGAGGCGCGCAUGGGGAGCCAUCAAUCAAUGGAUCUAUCCAUUGGGAUGGCACCGAAACCUGGACCGGUUGGUAGAAGACCCGCCGCUCCACUCAAUUUGGCAAAUGCCGCGUCUCUGCACCUUUUGACUCCGCUGGAACAAGAGCUAUGCUCGGAGCUACGCAUUCUGCCGAAGCCUUUCCUCAUUAUCAAGGAGACUCUAGUCUCAGAGUUCAUGCGCCGCAAUGGGAACCUGAAGAAGCGUGAAGCUCGAGAUUUGAUUAAGAUUGACGUGAAUAAGACUGGGAGAAUUUGGGAGUUCCUUGAACAACAGGGGCUGUUGGAUAUCACCAAAAAACCGGGAGCCAGCGUACAGACAUGAUCAUUGGUAUGCGAUAAUAUUGUCAUCAAAUGGUUGGGCACGGGAAUGCUGUAUGUACAAUUGAAUAUGCUACAUUAUGUCCUUAUACUAUCUAGUGAUGUCACGACCGUGUAUCCAAAGCAAUUGCCAGCACGAUAGAAACCUAUCAGGUUCAAUUCUCCGGUAACAGAUUAGUGCAAUGGCAAGCAAAUCACUGCGGGCUAGAGUUAGUGGGCCUCCCUUCCCAUUUCUCCCCUCUAUUAACUUCUU